AUUGUCUUCCUUCUUCUUUCUCAUUCUUAUAUGGACUCUUGAGUGAGAUAUCGGUGUUGUUUAUUCUUCGUUCGCCGGGAUGACUUUGUGGAAGUCGGCUCUAUAUCUCUAUCGCGUCGAGAGCGAUCAGUCGAGGGGUCAAAAGGUUAGGAGUGGCGGUAUUGAGUCUGAGGGACGCCACUGGGUCGCAUUUCGACCUCAAAGCAGGAGACAAAGGGUGGAGUUGAGGGAUGAACUGUGGGCGCACCUGGAUUGGAGGAACCGAGAGCCGACAGCAUUCGUUUCGGCUUCGCAGGACCGAGACUGGGCGAUCAACCAAGCCGAGAGACGUGCGCGUGACGGAGAGACGAAUGUCAGGGUGUACGUGAUUGAGGUGCCCCGUCUGGGAGUGUAUAAAUCCCGAUCCGAGUGCUGGGUGACCGUUAUGAAAUUGGAUGCAUGGCUCGAGGUGGCUAACUCCAAACUUCCUGAUUAUGCUGACUUCCCGUCCUCGGCAAAUGAAUAUCUGUUCCUUCAUGAUAUCCCAGAGGACUUUAUUGUUGACACUUGGUCGUUUUGAUGUUCUGGUGGUUGGAGACGAGGUGGAGGAAUGGUGCCUCGGCGGAAUGCAGUCCGUUGGUUGAUGUCAGUAGCAAGUUGAGCUUGUUUCUAGUCGUUACUGUUGGGCGGAUAUUGGGCAAGGGCAUGUAGAUCUCAUUCAUUUUAUUUUCUUUGUGCGACUGAUAUCAGCUGUACCUUCAUUCGACUUUCGGGAGACGUACAAUUGAUGAUAAGGUGUUCGUGAGCGUUGAUGAGGCCCUUCAAAAGGUUCGCCUCGGCCUCGAGUUGGAGG